AUGCUGGUGUUGACGCUGCUGGUGGCGGCGGCGCAGGCCACGUUGCUGUGUCCCCAGGGCAGAACUAGAUUCACGAACCGGUUCCGUUUGGUGAGAACUGACAAGCUGACUGACAGGCCUCGAGGGGAUGAGCUUUAUUCUGCAUUGCGCACUCCACGCUUGGUUAGACAUCCAUGUAAUGAAAACAUUGUCUUGUAUUUAGGGCGCCAACUCUUUUUCUCAACAAACAACUUUGAAAGCAGUCUGUUUCCACUGCGCAUCCCUUUCUCCUUUAAGGUCGGCAAAGCGGAAGUCACCGCAGCCCACUUCACCAGGGCGAUCCUGCUGCUGGUUGUGAAUUUUCACGUCUACAUUUAUGAUUACAGCACUGACUUCUGGCUCAUGGCAGAAGGAAUAGAGCACCCCGUGUCGAACAUCUCCGGAGACAAUUGCUGCUACAGCUCACAGCCCGUGUGCUUGGCUGUAAGUGAAACCAUAUUUGCUUACUUAUACGGCGCACAGGUGUCAGAGACCACGCUGUAUAUCUCCACGACCGAGGGGUUCAGCUUCAGACCAUACAGAUACAGAGGGCAGGAGGAGAUCCACGGAUACCUGGGAGGGGUCUUCAACUUCUACACCCUGUCCCAAGUGGGCCUGCUGUUCUUUUACAACAGGAGGGCCAGGUUCAGCUAUUCCGAGCACCCCCUGAACCGCAGUUUUGGGCAGUCUUUUGACUACCAGGACGCUCCUGUUAUCUUCAUCCCCCCAGGCCAGAAGGGCAACCUGAUCUUCUGGGGCCAAAGGAGCCUGUUUAUUUCACAAAACACAGGUCAGCUCGUGAAAUCAGUCAUCUUGAAGAACACUUACCAGAGCGCCGGCGAGACCAUCUCUGAACUCAAUCUGACUAUCCACAGCUUGGCCGCUAAUCAAAAUGAAAUGGCAAUUUUAACAGAGCAGAAUUUUCUGUAUUACGGUUUCCAGGGAAUCCUGUUAACUACUCUGCUGAAAUUGGCAAACCCAAACCAUUUUUCCCAUAAGUCCGUCCUAACAUUCUUGGGCUUCGGAAAGCUUGAAAUCAUGACACCAAUUCACGAUCGGGCUCUCGCUAUCUUCAACUUCGAGAAGAUGGUCAUCAACUUGAAGACCCUCCUCAUGGACCCCUAUCUCGGAAUUGAUCCCUGCAAAGUGGAGUUACUAGAAGGCGAGUUUGAGAACCAAAUGUACACCAUCGACAUGAACAGCAAGCUGGAGCUGACAGCCACCGUCGUCCCACGGCCGCUGACAUCCCCCUUGCCACUGGUGUUGGUGAGUAACCCACACUCCCUGGGGCUGGAGACCAAGAUGUAUGAGACCAGUUACUUAUUUGACCGCAGCACCAAGUUCAGGCUGCACAUCUCCCUCAAGCAGCAGCAACACUCGGGCAGGGCGGACCCCAACUUCACCUCCUGGAUAAAGAGGAAAACCGCCUCCACCGUCACUCUGGACAUCGCCAACAAGGAAAUUUCGUGUGUGAGCCUUCCGCCUCUGACCACCCUCAUCAACAUCGGUUGUGAUGCUGAGAAAAAGGUCGUCGUUCAAAAGGACAUCACGUCCUGCAACAAGGGGAUCCUGGACUCCGUGGAGCUGCAGAACAACUACAGCUACGUCCUGGACCGGGACAUCUACAGCCCCAACCUGUUGGGGAAGGACCAGGUGGUGUUCUACGAUUACGCCUUGCUCGGCUGUCCCCUGCUGGUCUACUACGACACGCCCUGGAAACCAGUUCUGCAACUGUGGCAGGGACAGGAGUUUCAGGAGAUCGUCAAGGCCGAGUAUGUGCUGAAAGAAGUGUACGGGCUGCUGACCUAUUCGUACUCUCUGACCGCCGAGACCGCGGGCUGCAAAGCUCAGCCACAGAACUGGAGCUCGCUGGCCAAUCACACUCCCAUACAGUGGGGGCGGGAGAAUUACCAGAGCUGCCAUGACUCCAGCAACCCGAAUCCCUUAGAGUGGCCGGAUGUCCCGUACGAAGUCCUCGGUGGCCAGACAGAUAAUAAGUUGGUUUUUGAGCAGAGGAAUGGAAUUUACGUCUUCUACCUCUCUGUGGUGGACCCCUUGUACAGCUACUGCCAGCUGAACACUUUAUUCAGCGUGCACGUGUACGGAGCCUUGCCUCCCAGCGGCGACUCCCUGGACACGCCCAUCAUCGUGUUGAUGUUCACUCUGCUGGGGUCCACCUGGGUAGCCUACAUCGCCUCGAAGAUAGAGCUCAGGACGCUGGUGCAGACGUUCUAUCGGAAGAUGAAAGUCCGUCUAUUUGCCCGCAAAGCCCGGUCGCGGGCCUGA